AUGAUCUUGCAGUUUAGAUGCCAAAUUUCAAAUAAUCAACACUGUACUGUCUACAUUUCUUUUUAGAUUCGGACAUGGCAUCAGUCAUCUGUGGGCAAAAUUAAAUUAUUUAAAUAAGACAGAAAAUCCAGUAGCUGUAUAUUAAAAAUUUUUUUUGAUUUUUCCGAAAACAUUCCAUAAUUCGAACAUCUUGAACAAUUAGCUCGAAUUACGGAGAUUGCACUGUAAUUAUAUUACCGAUUGCUAAAACUUUUAAAAAGAAACUAUUGAGGAGUACUCGUGUAAUUUUGCAUGAUUGAAUAUUUAACUACUAAUAACUAGAGUCAUGAUUGGCGUAAUUUAUCUAUCUUUGCUAACUACGAGUACAAAACUAAAAUUUAAUAAAAAAUAAUGUACUUACUUUUCUCCAGCACUCUCAAACAAAAUAACACUGACUCACUAUAAUUUGUGUGAUAUACUAUCUGUUUAUAUUUUUUAAAAUAUUUUCUUAGCACUUUCCUUUUCAAGAUUCAGGAAACGACUAAACGUAUUUGUCCCACAUUCGUAUUUAUAGAGUGACGAAUUGAACAAGUCAGUGCAAGGUAGCGAAGCUCUGAGACUGCGACUCUCAGGUUUUUACAAGUUCAAAAUGUAUUGCGACCACAAAGCGAAUACCAACAUCCUACAACUUACACAAUUUUAUAAACAUAUAUAAUAAUUUUUUUCUUCAUAGGUACUUUUAUAAAUAAUGUAUAUGUUUUGAUAUUAUAAGAUAGUAUGAUGUAAGUAAAUAGGUACUAUCAGUGUAUGUGUUGAGAUCCACUAUCGUGGACCCCCAUAUUCAUUUCAUGGACCCCCAAAUUUUUUUUCGCUGACGUAGACCCCUUGCAGGUUGUCAUAGACCCCUAGGGGUCGAUAUAGACCACUUUGGGAAUCAAUGCACUAAAUUAAGACCAGCGCAGUUUGGUAAGACGAGCGAGUUCUAUCCCACUUUCUGCGGACCUUAUCAUUAAACAAAGCAGAUAACUUCGAUGCAUCAACAAGUAAACUGAUCUUUAUCGUUAGUAUUUAUUAACGCAUCAUAAGCGGAGGUGUCUAUAACAGUUUGAUACAUGCAAUUGCAGGGGAAGGUUGAAAUAAAACACACUAAUCCAUCUGGUAAAGAACAACACUUGAAAUGUAAUAACAAACACAUCAGAAAAGCUCUUUAAAUUAUAUGGAUUCUUACGUUUUCAAAACCUUACAUUUUAUUAAAACUAUGAAAUGUAUAUCGAGAACGAUUCGUUCUUUCCUAAAGGAUUUUUUUUAUGAAUCUUGGACACAACUACAUUAACUUGGCGAGCUAUUUGCUCAUAAAUAUGUCUAGGAGCGAAUCAAAAACCGCCAAGUUAUCAACGCUAAAUCGAACAGAUUUUUCGGUCGAAAAAUCGUCGAUCUUAGUUCUAUACCACACCCAUAUCUAUAUCGGUUGGAUGUGAUACAGGGUUGAAAAAAACAUGUAUUUUUUAUUUUAUACAAAACAUAUUUUUUUGUUUUUAAAUUUUAUACUUUAAAGAAAUAAAACUUAGAAAAAAACAUUGUUUAAAUCAUAUUUUUUCAUAAUAGUAAUUUAAAACGUUCUAUCUAUUAUUCUACUAAAUAAUAGAUGCCUUAUUUAAAGUCCGACUCUGUACUAAACUGUCGCGAUCAGCUGUUACGAACUACGUCGCGCCACGCCGCCGUUGCCGGUGAAUCCCCGAAAUAAGAAAACCAAUUUCAAUGAGGAACUAUUGACCUGGGGGAACCACAGA